AUGAAUGACCGUGAAGACGACGUCUCGAUCUCAGAGACGCUAAAGGAAGUACAAGCUGAAGUGGCGCUGCAAAUCCACAAUGACAAGCAUCUAAAGCACGUGGGCGUCGCUGUACGACGUCCUCGAACACGUGCGUCGUGCGUCAAGGGCCAAGUAGAUGAAGAUACGAAACAAUGGGAGCUACUGCUCUUUUCCUUCUCGGAUUCAAGCGAACUGACGAACCUCGAGUCACUUCUGGUCCAGCUCACACCUUCCACGUGCUUUCUCUUGGCAGAUCUGGAGCGAACGCAGAGCACGGGCGACAGCAAGAAGCUGCACGUGCUGUUGCAGACCCACGAGGUGGCUCGAGUUUACAUGAAGAAGCAGCUGUUUAACGACGUCAGUAGCGUGGAAACAAACGUUGCGAGACUGCUAGGAACUCAUAUGAUGACCGAGUAUCAGGACAUUCUCGCUUCCAAAGUGGUUGCGGGAUCUCUGGCCUGUUUACUAGAAGCACUUGGCGUUAUGACAGACACUGACGCCUUUGGCUGCUACACACUGAGAGAAGGAAAUCUCUCAUCUGCUAUGCAGUUGGAUAGUGCUGCUGUCUGGUCGUUGAAUCUGCUACCAGAGCAGAGUUCCACUACGGGAGCAGUGAGGUUUGGAGGCAGUGUUUUGGAGAUACUCAAUCGAGGAAAGACAAUUAUGGGUCGACGACUGCUGGAACGCUGGAUUCGACAGCCAUUACUGGAUGUCAAGCAUAUUCAGACACGACAGAGUCUCGUGCAGUUGUUUGUAGACGACUCAUCGUUGAGAAUGGAGCUGCUGGACGAGUGUAUGAAGGCUCUACCUGACUUGGGUCGACUGGCCAUCAGUCUGGAAAAGAAAAAGCAUGCAAAGAUUGCAGAUCUUGUGAGUGUCUAUGAUGCUGCUGUUGGUACCAUGCCACGCAUUUGGAACCUCUUGAAAAACACGGAUGCUGGUGGGGAUAAAAUACUAGCAAAUCUUGUCAAGGAAAAGUUUGCUAGUCCAUUCGAAAAGAUGUUGGCUGACUUGCAAGGCUACACGGAGCUCGUGAAGGAGGUUGUUGACCUGGACAGCCGUCCAACUCUUGUGGUGAAUGCGAAGCAUGACAAGAAUCUCCAGAUGCUGCGUGAAGAGUGGGACGGCAUCCUAGCGGACAUUGAGGAAGAACACCAAGAUGCACUCGACAGGAUCGGUGGCGACAUCAAGUGCGAACAGGACAAAGUGCGCAGUUUUGUUUUUCGUGUUAUAAACAAGAAAGAAGAAGCUCGUUUGUCUAGGCUACCAAAUGUUCACAUUUGCCAGGUACUCGUGAGCGGAGUACAAUUCACGACAACGAAGCUGAAAGAGCUAGCCACGGAUUACCGCCGUGUACGCGGUGAAUACGACGAACGACAGGCUCAUUUGCUGAACGCAGCGAUUGACGUGGCCAGUACCUAUGUGCCUGUGCUCGAAGCGGCAACUGCGACACUGGCAGAGUUAGAUGUGCUGCUUGGAUUUGCGCAUGCUGCAUGCCACGCUGGAUCCGGAUAUUGUCGGCCCACGCUAGAACCAAACGGUGACUGUAUCGUGCUGACUGGCGCGCGUCACCCUUGCGUGGAACUGCAAGACGACGUGGACUUUAUUCCAAACGAUUACAACUUUGAGCGUGAGAACUCGCGCUUUCAGCUCGUAACGGGGCCGAACAUGGGCGGUAAAAGUACCUACAUUCGCCAACUGGGUGCCAUUGCAGUGAUGGCACAAAUCGGUAGCUUCGUACCAGCCAAAGUCGCUCGAUUGCCCGUGUUCGACAAGCUGCUGGUUCGUGUUGGCGCAGGUGACCUGCAACAGCGCGGCGUGUCUACGUUUAUGCUUGAAAUGCUGGAAGCAUCUGCCAUUUUGCACAAAGCCACGGAACGCUCGCUUGUGAUUAUUGAUGAACUGGGUCGAGGUACUUCCACAUACGAUGGCUUUGGAUUAGCCUGGGCCAUCUCCGAGUACCUCCUUACCAAGGCGCGCUCAAUGUGCCUCUUUGCAACGCACUUCCACGAGUUGACAGCCCUAAAGCAGGAGCACCCUCACGGCUUCGCAAACAAGCACGUCACGGCAGUGGCCAGCGACAGAGAAAUCACCAUGAUAUACCAGGUGCGUGAUGGUCCAUGCAUGGAGAGUUUUGGCGUCCAUGUUGCAUCCAUGGCAGGCUUCCCUGACUCGGUAAUUCAGUGCGCUCGGCGAAAGAGCCAGGAGCUCGAAGGAUUUGAGCGUGCCGUGGGCAGCCCAUCUGCUAAGAGGUCAGCAACAGACGCGUCACUUCCGCAAGACAGGAAAUCUCCUUUGAAGAAAAUUGCAAUGGACAAGAAAUUCCUGUCCGCAUUUGCAGCUCUUCCUCUCGACAAAUUGACACCUACAGAAGCUCUUAAUGCCGUUCGCACGCUUGUCCCCCAAUAA